AUCAAGCGAUUGGUUGGAAAUUUAGACCAAACCUUUUCAAUGUUUUCGCGGAAAAUAAAGAAAUCUCUAUCUCUACACUUAUAGAUGACCAAUGUACGAUUAACGUUGAAUAAUGAUGAGUGGAGACAGUUUAACCCCACCACUGUCACCAGAAAGCACUGGAUUUCAUAUCCCAGAUUUGUUAGAUCCAUCACCACCAAAAUUGUCCAGGCCUGAAGCAGAAACAAAAGAUGUUUGUUUUCGAUGCAUUGGAGAAUUUUUGUACAAGGAGACAUUGUUUCAUGGUGAUUCAUACUGGAGAUCUGGAUAUUUACACUGGUUGUUGAGCUGUAAUACAAGCCAUUUUGUACCAGAGACUGAGUCUUUAUCAUUGUUUGAGCAUACUUGGCCAUCAUCUAUAAUGAAAAACAUGAACAUUGAUAAAUUAUUCCUAAUUUUAAAGCAACAGAUAGGAGAACUCCAGUCAUUGGUGCAAAGGUCAACUGUCUCUUUUGUUAUAGAAGAAACUGUAAAUGGACAGGACAUCAGAGAACAGAUGUGUAGAUUUCUGCAAUUCAUCAUGAUAUCUAUACAAAGUAACAGUGUGGGAGAUGUAGACAAGCUUGUGGUCAGUCUUCAUUCAUUGUUACUAUAUAUAGGGAGAUUGUCAGAUUUACCUAGCCAUGUAUUACAGUCAACUUUUGAAGGGAGAAAGAGUAAUAUAUUGUACCAAUAUGUACAUCUUCAUUUCGACGUUUACUGGAGGGUGCUGUCUAUAGUCCAUGUACUGCAAAUAAAGUUUCCAGAUUACAAGUACAGAAGGAGAUUUUGUGUCACCCCUGACAAUGACCUUAAUACUUCACUUUAUGAUCAAGUAUUACAUGUUAUAUUGUGGGAGUUUGUAACCCUUGGAAACUUUAGACAAGCUAGUAAAGUUGAUAACGAAGACCCUAUUAAGACUUCAAUAUUUUCCUGUAGCUGUGUGAAGGAAUUAUGGGCACUUGUUCUUAGGUUAACAGAGUGGAGAUCAAGUAGCCAUCUUGGAGAGUCAUUUUGGAUGAGUCUUCAUCAUGUGAUAAAAUCUGUGAUAGAUAAUGAAGAUGUAGAGAUGAUGACAGACUGUGAAGACACUUCUGUGCUGUUGAAUCCACCAGAUGGCUUCAAAACAGAUGACAAAGUAGGGUUGUGUUUGUGGAUCAUGUACUGUGUUUCACCUUUGUUUGGUGUACAGGUCACAGGAAGUUCAGUGUCUGACUAUUCACUUGUUAGCAAUUACCAUGAUUUGCAAUCUUUGUUGAAGAAACUUCUUUCAACGAAUGGGCUAACAGAAUCAACAUUGAGACAACAUUUAAAGACGUGUUUGUUGCUGACAAGUCACUGGGAACCUGACAUUAGUAUCCUUAUUACACUCUGGGACUUCUUUUACAAAAGACUGAAUCAGUCAGACUUGUCCACUGGUACGGGUUCACUAAAAAGUCUGGAAUUGGUAGACCAGAGUGUUUGUAGUAUGUAUGAAAGAUGUAAAGACUGGACCCGAGGACACUUAGGCAGUCUUGAUAAAGAGACAAGUUUUCAGCUGUUUUUAAGAUUGCUGAGUCAGCAUGUUGGUGAACUCUACAGGAAGGGUUUUACACAGGAGUGGAAACAAGUCAAGGGCAGGAUAUACUCCAAGUUUCAUGCUCGACGUAUCCAGGAUUUAAUGGAAGGUGGAUUAUACAAUCUUUCUACAUUAUUUAUCACCCUGGGAAUGACUGCAGACCUUGAAGAUGUUGCAUCAAAACUCUGUGACUUUUACGACAUGCUGGAUAUCAACUCCAUCACAUUUGCGAGAAGGUCAGUGGUGUGGCGUGGUGCAUUCACACUAAUGCUUGUUUAUGUUGACAAACAAAUUGACAUUGGUUUCUUGGCUGACAGACUUGUAGCAGCAUUCACUAAUGUUGUCAGCAACUUUGGUGGUGCUGGAAUUGACAUCAAGCACAGUCUAUGGAAGAUGAUACUGAUUUAUUUAGAAGGUUUACAAGAGAUUGUUGAAAACAGUGAAACCCUACAACUAUCGGAGUACAAACUUAUCUGUCCUGCAAUACACAAGUUGCUGUCUGUGAGUUCAGAACAUGAAUUGAGGACAACUCUGGCAACUUUACAUAUUGUUGUUGAUAAAUUUAGACAGGUGAGACAACAAGCAACAGUAGAUGUUCUUCCAACUGUCAGGUGCUCAUUACAGCAUGCAGAGUUUGGUAGUGCUCUCUGGCAGAAUGUGUACAGUUUUAUAUUGGAGCAUGCUAGUACACUAACACCCCCUCCAAUACUGGCUGAUAUUGCUGCCUCUUUCUGUCUUCUCUCAUUGACAAGUCCUUCAGAUGAUAAAAGCAUUACAUUCUUGGAUGUGUUUCAAACAUUUGCAGCUUCAGAUAAAGUUAAUGUUAGUAUAAGCUGUCGCUUCCUCAGCCAUUUGUUGUCCUGUAAUAAAGUACUGGACAAACUGCGGUCAGAUGUAGACAACUAUGAGAGGUUGAUAGUGAGUGUUUGGUUCAAAUGUUGUCUGUACGUUCCUGCAGGCUCACAGAUGCUGGCUGAAAUCACAAGACCUGUGAUGCAGUUGAAAUCUGUACAGGAUAUUCUUAGACAGGCUGAAAUGGACAUAAUUGGUGACAUAGAUCAGGCACCAGUACUGUUUCUUAAAGCUCUCGAGACAGCCCAUAUGAAAACACAGGACUGGCAAGAGAAAAUGGCGUUUCAGAAACAGAUUAUUCCUUAUUUCACUGAUGUACAGAAAUCUAUAGCCCCUAUAUUGAGAACCAUGUCACCUGCUGAAGUUGUAAAUAACAUAUACAGAAUGACUGGCUAUCUUAUAAAGUAUUGUGCUAAACUUUUAUAUGUCCAGCAAGAUGUGAUUGUUCCUAGCCUGAUAAGCAGUCUUAUUGUUCCACAUAGUGUACUCAACCCAGAUGUACCCUUGAAUAAUGUCUUCCUUAAUGUCAUCAGAGACCAUCUACAUCUGUUUAUCCAAGGUCUUAGAAAAUUGCCUUAUGAGAAAGAUCCUUAUGUACAGAGACGAUUUAGAGACAUAGUGAUGUUAUAUCUGCCUAAAUUCUCACUGAGUUCUAGUUCAAGUUCCGCCAGUGUGACAGCAGCCCAUCCUCUUGUUGUAAGCUUGAGUGAGACCUUCAUUCAGAGCCCGCCACAAGACUCGGUCAAGUUUCGGCACUACAUUAUUCUGAUAGUUGUCAACAAUCUGUUACCUGUUAAGAACAUGACAGUUCAUCCAAAUCAUAUUUUGGGAUUCAGCUUUAUAAAAGAGAUAGUUCAAAGGACUGCAAGUUCAGAGGUUAAAGCAAGAGAACUACCUAUGAUGUUACCUGUAUGUCUGGAGUAUAUGCUUUUAUUACCAAAUACCUCAUCAACAUGGAACCUCGUGUUAGCCAUUCUCCAACACCUGACAGAAGCUUUCUACUGUCAAAAACAAUGUGUGCAACUAUGUGAGCUUACAGUUGUGAUGGAACAAUUCAUCAGUAGUUACUUUAAGUUCAGCAGUACUGGUGUUUUGAAACUGAUGGAGAAAAUGGCAUUGUUGCUACAAGAUGCUGUUGUCACGGUGAUACCAAAAUUGUCUGAAUCCGUGAGAAACAUAGAAAAGCUGAGGGGAUUUGGUACAGACCAGAAGUUACGAGGCCAGUAUUGUCAGGUGCUGAAGCAAUUAGGAGAGACAGGUGUUCAAGAGAUCCAGAAACUGAAAACUAGUGACACUUGAAUCAUAAACCAAAAAUGCAAAAUACUUGAACAGUGUUACAAUACAAGAUCUGAUAUUGGUUGAGAAAGUAUUGUUUUAAAUUUGGAUGCUGUGCGUGUUGGAAAACUUAAAUUGUUAUUACAUAGGGGUUCAUGAUAAUCUUUUACCUGCACAGGUAAAAGUAGAAAAAAAAAUGAUAAUAAAAUGAUAACUGAUGGUAA